AUGUAUUCUUACCAGGGUGUCGGCUUGCCUUGCUUGUCUAUCGAUGUUAAUGGUUUGUUGCGGCAUUUUAUCUGUUUAUCUGAAGAUAUAAUAUGCUACGCGAAAUUCAUACUCAUCAUCGAAAAAGAUGCAACCUUCCAAACCAUCAUGCUGAGUGGAUUUUAUGCCGACUUUCAACCUUGUCUUCUAAUUACGUCAAAGGGAUAUCCGGAUCUAGCGACGCGUUCAUUUCUGUGCACACUUUACCAGAAGCAUCCUAAUUUGCCUAUGUUCGCAUUGGUUGAUGCAGAUCCACACGGGUUUGGUAUAUACCUCACUUACAAGUACGGAUCUCACAGUCCAGCCCUUAAGUCAGCUUCUGGUACCGUCUUGGGCAUACCCUCGCUUAAAUUACUGGGGCUACUGCCAUCGGAUAUACCUAUGUAUACUUCCGAUUUCAUUGCCUUUACUUAUUACAGGCUCCAGGUUAAGAAUCACGACCUUCUUCAGAUAACCAGCUCGGAUAAACUGAUGCUCCAAAGCAUAAAAGAGAGAAGAUACUACAAAGAGGAAAAGAUUUUGCAGUCUGAAGUAAGCAGCAUACCUGACGACCAAACUGUUGUCAGAUCGAGCGCAUGGAAAGUACGCGAAGGAAAGCAGAAAUUCAGUGCCUCGAUAAACUGA